AAAAUAUUAACUCUAUUUUCGGAGUCACGGAGCAAUUCUACGUAGGAAUUGGAUAGUGCAUCCAUAGAACAUUCUUGCUGUAAACCAGUGUUCUUAAACUACAAAGUAGCAAAAAGAUGCGCUUUCACAACAACAAAACGCUGAAGCACCAGCAGAGUUCUGUUUAGAAUUUGCUGCUAAACUUGCAUAUAUCACUGCAUUUUGUAAAUAGUUGCUAGUUGUGUGCAAAACGAUUCGUCCACGUUGAAAGUUUGCUUAGCUGAAGUGGCUCUUAUGAUAUGAUAUUCAAAUACAAAAGCCAAUUAUUUCCAUUAUCUACGCAUUCGUUAGCUUCCAGAUGCUUAAAUACUAAAUUCAACGCUAUAUUCAAAUUACUCUUAAUUGAGCAGUGAUUUGCAGCGUUUCGGGUAGUAGUUCAAGUGAAGAAAUCAACGAGCGAAUUAAAUCAGUUGAGUGCAUACAAACAUAUGUACAUACCUACAUAUUUUGUACAUUGUUCUGAAUAUACUUACAUAGUUACAAAUAACGCUAACAACAAAAAAAAUUGCAAUUAAAAGCCGCACCUAAACGCUGCCCGAUUCCUGCCCAAUAUAGUGCCUAUGUUGUUGUUGUGCCCACCUGCCGGCGACGGAUAUUGAAAUUCUUCUUGCCUGCUAAUUGUUAAAAAUGGCCGAUGGCACAGGAAGUGUGCAUUUAAAAUAUAUUAAAGAAUAUUUAAUUGCGAAAAUUCUGAAUAAAUUAGAAAACGAAAAGCUAGUGAAAUAUGAGCUGGAACAUGCAAGUGGUCUGGAUGGCUUCAUGUCUGCGCUCUACAAUAUCCACUUGCAUACUGAAACUGCCAAGGGCCCUCAACAUCGCCUGCUGGUAGCCAAAUUCAUGAAAGGCGAUGUUGCCUUCCGCGAGUCGAGCAAGUCGUACGUACAAUUUGCCAAUGAAAUAUUUGUAUACCAGCGUGCCUUAUCUGUUUUUGCUAAAUUGCUUGCCUCUGCCAAGCUCAACAUCACCAUUGACGAUUGGGUGCCACAUCCUUAUGUUGCGAAAUUUGGUUACAUUGAAGGUUUAAGCGCUGCGCCGGAUGUACGUGAAGCGGUGCUGGUGCUGGAGCACCUCAAGCCGCGCGGCUAUGUGCUGGGACCACGUCUUUACCUCACACGCGAACACUUGCUGCCGAUGUGCAGGGUAAUUGGUCAAUUUCAUGCAAUGAGUUAUGCUUUGCAGUUGAUUGAUCCCACGCAACUAGAAUACUUGCGUAGUGAUAUAGUGACAUUGCCUUUUAUCAAUGACGCCGAUCCGACUGAUGCGAAAAACAACUACUAUCGCUACCUUUAUCGAGCUGCCUUCGAUCGUUUUUAUGAUUUUUUCGAUCGCAAAAUGGAUGGCAAUACUUUUGAUAAGCAAAGUGCUGAUGAUUUGAAAUUGAUUGACCGAUUGCGUGAUUUGCGCGAGAAGUACAAUGCCGAGCCGACGCGCUUGCUGGAGAAAAUACGUACCAGUGUGCUGGAUUGUGAGCAAGAUAAGCGUUUUGGUGCUAUUCUUCAUGGCGAUUAUAAUCGCAAUAAUGUACUUUUCCGCUAUGAAGAGAUGCAAGGCGCGGAUGAAACGGAGCGGAAGGUGGCCGAUGUAAAGAUGAUUGAUUUUCAGGAAAUGCGCUAUGGUAGUCCUUGCAUGGAUCUAAGUUUUUUCAUGUUCAUGAAUACUACCAAAGAGACGCGUGCAGCGAUAUGGAUGGAGAUGCUGCAGACGUAUCACACAAACAUGUACGAUACAUUGAAGAGAGCCGUUGUGGCCAAUGGCAAAGUGGAUGCAGCUCAACUGGCGGCCUACAAUUUUGAUGAAUUUUAUGCACACUUUAAGCGCUAUGCCUUCUACGGCGUCAUGAUAUGCCUACACUUUCUGCCCUGGAUGCUUUCGAGUGAAGAAGAAUGUGCAAAAAUUUCGCAUCUCUUUGAAACCAAUAUGCAAGGUGAAGAGUUUCAUCGAGUUUCAAUUGAGAUUGGUGGUGACGAAGUAAAUAUGGAAUUAUUGGAUGUGAUGAGACAUGCCUGCAAGUUGGGUUAUAUGGAUGAGCUUUGAGAAAUAUAGUAAAAGAAAAGUGCGACUUUGUGAGUAGCUGGAAAGCUGAGGCGCCAUAAAAGAGUGCGAAGAUAGUAAAUAAAAAAAGCAAAUAUUUUAAGAGAACUAAAGUGCUCGCUUUCGUGGAGCACUCCAUGCCAGAAGCCAGCUGCAGCGUUUAAGCAAAUAAUGUAUGCAUUGUAUAUAUUUAUUUAGCUUUAUAAAAUGCGCACUGUACAAAGUUAACAUUACUGCUUAAGCUUUAUUUUAAAAUUUUUUUGUUUAGCUUUGCUAAAAUUAAAUAAAUCUGAAGAGAGAAAAAUAGUAUUAAAA